CGUCCCUGGCUCGCUUCCCAAUACCCAACCCCGCCGGCCGCGAGCGAUGCCCGCGAUCCCCACCGCCCCUGCGCCCGCCACCGGCAGCUCCCUCCACGCGCGCCGCCUCCGCCUUCAGUUCUCCUCCCCGUUGCCGCGCUCUAACCAGCAGCGGCUCCUCCCCACCCGCCUCCCCCGCCUGCCCGCUCGCGCCCGGGCCGCUCCCAUGUCCGCCGAGGCGCGGGCGCCCGCGCCGCCGGUGGCGCCGCCGGCGCACCCCACCUACGACCUCAGGGCCGUCAUCGCGCUCGCCCUCUCCGAGGACGCCGGCGACCGAGGGGAUGUGUCUUGUUUGGCCACAAUUCCUUCGGACGUGGAAGCUGAAGCCACGUUUAUUGCUAAAGCAGAUGGUGUUAUUGCUGGAAUAAGCCUAGCAGACAUGAUAUUUAACCAAGUUGAUCCAUCGUUGAAGGUUGAAUGGUUUGAAAGUGAUGGAAAUUAUGUCCAUAAAGGGUUGCAAUUUGGCAAAGUAUAUGGGUGCGCUAGGAGCAUCAUCAUUGCUGAAAGGGUUGUGCUCAAUUUCAUGCAGAGGAUGAGUGGUAUUGCGACCUUAACAAAGGCUAUGUCUGAUGCUGCACGUCCAGCAUGCAUAUUGGAAACAAGGAAAACUGCCCCAGGUUUACGUCUGGUUGACAAGUGGGCAGUACUGAUAGGUGGUGGAAAGAACCACAGGCUUGGUUUAUUUGAUAUGGUUAUGAUAAAGGAUAAUCAUAUUUCUGUUGCUGGCGGGAUUGCAAAUGCAGUGAGAUCCGUUGACCAAUUCCUGGAGAAGGAAAAACUUACAAUUCCUGUAGAGGUUGAGACAAGGACAUUUGAAGAAGUGAAAGAUGUGCUGAAGUAUGCUGCUGAGAACAGAACUUCAUUAACCCAUAUAAUGUUGGACAACAUGGUCGUUCCUCUUCCAAAUGGGGAUGUGGAUGUAUCAAUGCUUAAGGAUGCAGUUCAAUUGAUAAAUGGUAGAUUUGAGACUGAGGCAUCUGGAAAUGUGACAAUCGAUACAGUGAAGAAAAUAGGAGAAACAGGAGUUACCUAUAUUUCAAGCGGAGCAUUAACGCAUUCUGUGAAGGCUCUUGACAUCUCUCUCAAGAUAGACACCGAGCUCGCUCUUCAAGUCGGAAGACGUACAAAUCGUGCCUGACUCCACUGCAUUAUGUUGUACCCGCCUUGCCACAUCUACAAGAUGGUAGAUUAACCCAGCGUGGCAAAUCAAGUUAAAUAACUUAUCAAAUCUGCGCCGGCCGCGUGGUGCUGAGAACUGUGACUGCUACAAAAUGGGAUUCAUUAUUCAGUUUUAGGUUUUCAGCCGAAAUACACAAACACCACAAUAUGGAACAGAAUAAUUGGCAGGGUGGUAGGUUGCUUCUCGCAUAUGUUCUGGCACCAGAUUUGGAAGCUGGAAAAGGAGCGGCUGCUGCGUUCUGCGGCAGGUAGCUCAUAGCCGGUGAGGUAGAUCUCCCUGCAACCUGCCCGGAAGGUAGGUUACUGUGAACGGGAUGCCCCACUGAAGUUGUGAAGUUGCAAUAAUCUCUGUGUUCGCUUGGCUUGUCAACCAAUCAGCCAGGAACACUGUUCUAUCAUACUAAAUCAGCACCAGUUAUGAGCCAUUAGCUACUAGUCAGUCAGCAGUACUGUUCUCUCAUAACACAUCAACACCAGUUAUCAGCCGCAGCCAAGGGCAACACAGCGAAUACCACAGACAAAAUAACGAGAGAUCAACUCUGCCUCGGUGACGUGACACAAGACUAGAUGAACAAAAAGUAAGGGGAGGUUGCAAGGUCAACUCCGUACUUCGCGUC